UCUCUCUCCCUCUGCUUCCUCCUCCGCCUCCUCAGCUCUAGGGCUAGAAUAUCUAUGGGUCUAAAUGUAAUGCGAUGAAUCCGAGAGAGACCGAAACUGGGAAGAGGAGUGCGGCGGAAGCGGUGGGACUCUUGGGCAUGGGGGCUUCACCACAAUAGAGGCAGAGUCCCCACCCGCCUCCACAGCCCAUCUGGAACGAAAAUCCCCAAAUCCCUCAGGAAAAGGAUGGCGGCGGCACCUACCCAGAUCGAAGCUGAGUUGUAUUACCUGAUCGCUAGAUUCUUACAGUCCGGACCCUGCAACAAAUCCGCUCAGGUGCUAGUGCAGGAGCUCGAGGAGCAUCAGCUGAUUCCACGCCGCUUAGACUGGGAGGGGAAAGAGCACCGAAGAAGCUUCGAGGAUCUGGUGGCAGCCAAUGCACACAUUCCUCCAGACUACCUCCUUAAAAUCUGUGAGAGGAUUGGUCCCUUACUAGAUAAGGAGAUCCCUCAGAGUGUUCCUGGGGUGCAGACAUUACUAGGUGUUGGCCGGCAGUCUCUGUUACGGGAUGCCAAAGACUGUAAGAGUACACUAUGGAAUGGGUCUGCUUUUGCAGCUCUACAUAGAGGCAGACCUCCAGAAUUACCUGUAAAUUAUGUGAAACCUCCAAAUGUGGUUAAUAUCACCUCUGCCAGGCAAUUAACUGGAUGUAGUCGAUUCAGCCAUAUUUUCCCCUCAUCUGCUUACCAGCAUAUUAAGAUGCAUAAACGAAUUCUGGGACACUUGUCAUCUGUCUACUGUGUAGCAUUUGACAGAAGUGGGAGAAGAAUUUUCACUGGUUCAGAUGACUGUUUGGUGAAAAUCUGGGCUACAGAUGAUGGGCGUCUUCUUGCUACACUUCGAGGACACUCUGCUGAAAUUUCUGACAUGGCUGUUAACUAUGAAAACACUCUUAUUGCUGCAGGCAGUUGUGACAAGGUUGUAAGAGUGUGGUGUCUUCGAACUUGUGCACCAAUUGCAGUCCUUCAGGGACACUCAGCUUCUAUCACUUCCAUACAGUUUUGUCCAUCAACUAAAGGCACAACAAGAUACCUCACUUCCACUGGUGCUGAUGGAACAAUCUGUUUCUGGCAGUGGCAUGUAAAAACAAUGAAGUUUAGAGACCGCCCAGUGAAAUUUACUGAGAGAUCUAGACCUGGAGUUCAGAUAUCUUGUUCAUCUUUCAGUUCUGGUGGAAUGUUUAUUACAACAGGUAGCACUGACCAUGUGAUUAGGAUAUAUUACUUGGGCUCUGAGACCCCUGAGAAAAUAGCUGAAUUAGAGGCACAUACGGACAAAGUUGUUGCUGUUCAAUUUUGUAACAACGGAGACAGUUUAAGAUUUGUUAGUGGAAGUAGAGAUGGAACAGCAAGAAUUUGGCAAUAUCAGCAACAAGAAUGGAAGAGCAUAGUACUAGAUAUGGCUACUAAAAUGACUGGGAUUAACUUGCCAUCUGUAGAAGACAAAGUCACUAAACUUAAGGUAACUAUGGUGACUUGGGAUCGCUAUGAUACCACAGUUAUUACUGCAGUGAACAAUUUCCUUUUGAAAGUUUGGAAUUCUAACACAGGGCAACUUCUUCAUAUUUUGUCUGGACAUGAUGAUGAAGUAUUUGUUUUAGAAGCACAUCCAUUUGACCAAAGGAUUAUACUUUCAGCCGGUCAUGAUGGGAAUAUUUUUAUUUGGGACCUUGACCGUGGUACCAAAAUCCGGAAUUAUUUUAAUAUGAUUGAAGGUCAAGGACAUGGUGCAGUAUUUGACUGUAAAUUUUCACCAGAUGGAAACCAUUUUGCCUGCACAGAUUCUCAUGGGCAUUUGCUGCUUUUUGGUUUGGGAUGCAGUAAAUACUAUGAAAAGAUUCCAGAUCAGAUGUUCUUCCACACGGAUUAUCGACCUCUUAUUCGUGAUGCCAACAAUUAUGUAUUGGAUGAACAAACUCAACAGGCUCCUCACCUCAUGCCUCCUCCAUUCUUAGUGGAUGUUGAUGGAAAUCCUCAUCCCACAAAAUUCCAAAGACUAGUACCAGGAAGGGAAAAUUGUAAAGAUGAACAACUUAUACCACAACUGGGAUAUGUGGCUAAUGGUGAUGGUGAAGUGGUAGAACAAGUAAUUGGUCAACAAACCAAUGACCAAGAUGAGAGUAUUCUUGAUGGAAUAAUCAGGGAGCUUCAGAGAGCACAAGAUCUAAGACUAAUUAAUGAAGGAGCUGUUUCACAUUUUCCAGCUAAUAGGACAUAUUCUGCUAAUGGUGCUCUACGAAGUCCAAAUAUGGACAUGUCUUCUUCCCCAAAUAUUGGGCUGAGACUCAAUUCUCAAACUGAAGGUGUCAGACAAAUGCAUAACAAUGCUCCUCGCAGCCAAAUGGCCACUGAACGAGAUCUAAUGGCAUGGAGUAGAAGAGUGGUUGUCAAUGAACUAAAUAAUGGAGUUUGUAGGGUUCAGGAAGAAUGUCGAACUGCAAAAGGUGAUGUAGAAAUCAGUCUUUAUACUGUUGAAAAGAAGAAAAAGCCAUCUUAUACUACCCAGAGGAAUGAUUAUCAGCCUAGCUGUGGUCGAUCUUUACGAAGGACACAGCGCAAGCGUCAGCAUACUUACCAAACAAGGUCCAAUAUAGAGCAUAAUUCACAAGCAUUAAGUCAAAAUUCAGGUGUACAGGAAGACUUAGACAGUUCUUCAGAGGAAGAUGAAACAGUUGGCACAAGUGAUGCUUCUGUAGAGGAUCCUGUUGUUGAAUGGCAAAGUGAAAGUUCUUCCAGUGAUUCAUCAAGUGAAUAUUCUGAUUGGACAGCAGAUGCUGGGAUAAAUUUGCAACCUCCAAAAAGACAAACCAGACAAGCAACAAGGAAAAUAUACAGCAGCUCUGAUGAAGAGAAUUUGAAGACACUAGAUGAAAGGCAAAAGAAACCUAAACAAACUAGAAAGAAGAAAGGAGGAUUGGUUCCGAUGGCAGGUGAGCCCAGUGAAGAAUGGUUUGCUCCUCAGUGGAUCUUGGAUACCAUACCACGACGUUCCCCAUUUGUCCCACAGAUGGGAGAUGAGCUUAUUUAUUUUAGGCAAGGGCAUGAGGCUUAUGUGAGAGCUGUAAGGAAAUCAAAAAUAUAUAGUGUUAAUUUACAAAAACAGCCAUGGAACAAAAUGGAUCUCAGGGAACAAGAAUUUGUUAAGAUUGUAGGAAUCAAAUAUGAGAUUGGACCACCUACACUAUGCUGCUUGAAACUUGCAUUUCUGGACCCCAUUUCAGGCAAAAUGACUGGAGAAUCUUUUUCUAUUAAGUAUCAUGACAUGCCAGAUGUCAUUGACUUCCUUGUGUUACAUCAGUUUUAUAAUGAAGCCAAAGAAAGGAACUGGCAGAUUGGUGACAGAUUCCGCAGCAUAAUAGAUGAUGCCUGGUGGUUUGGAACUGUGGAGAGUCAACAGCCUUUUCAACCAGAGUAUCCUGAUAGUUCUUUCCAGUGUUACAGUGUCCACUGGGACAAUAACGAAAGAGAAAAGAUGAGCCCCUGGGAUAUGGAGCCAAUUCCAGAAGGAACUGCCUUUCCAGAUGAAGUUGGUGCUGGUGUUCCUGUAUCCCAAGAGGAACUGACUUCUUUGCUAUACAAGCCCCAAGAAGGAGAGUGGGGGGCUCACUCUAGAGAUGAAGAAUGUGAACGGGUUAUUCAGGGCAUUGAUCACCUUCUUUCCCUGGAUUUUGCCAGCCCUUUUGCUGUUCCAGUGGACCUCAGUGCCUAUCCCUUGUAUUGUACUGUAGUUGCUUAUCCAACAGACCUCAAUACCAUCAGGCGGAGACUUGAAAAUCGCUUUUACAGGAGAAUAUCAGCAUUGAUGUGGGAGGUACGCUAUAUUGAGCACAAUGCCAGGACUUUCAAUGAGCCAGACAGUCCUAUAGUUAAAGCAGCCAAAAUUGUAACUGAUGUCUUACUUAGAUUCAUUGGGGAUCAGAGCUGUACUGAUAUACUUGACACGUAUAGUAAAAUUAAGGCAGAAGAACUCAACAGUACUGAUGUAGAGGAGGAUACAGAUAUAGUUUAUUUAGAUUCAGAUGGCCCUGGUACUUCAUCUGGAAGAAGGGUCAAAUAUAGAGGCAGAAAACAGUCAUUGAAGUAUAAUCCUGACUCUUGGAGAAAACAGUGCAAAGAACUAUUGAACCUCAUUUAUGAACGUGAAGAUUCAGAGCCAUUUCGACAGCGUGCUGAGCAUCUCUCCUAUCCAGUUCAUCAAGGACAAGAGGGUGAAUUCUCAGAGUCAGUUAUUCCGGAAAGACAAGAUCCAUCUCUUUCUGAGGAUUAUCAAGAUGUUAUAGAUACUCCUAUGGAUUUCAGUACUGUGAAAGAAACCUUGGAAGCAGGAAACUAUGGUAGCCCGCUGGAAUUUUAUAAGGAUGUCCGCCAAAUAUUCAGCAACUCCAAAACAUAUACCUCUAAUAAAAAAUCAAGGAUCUAUAGCAUGACACUGCGGUUAUCUGCUUUAUUUGAAAAUCAUAUUAAAAAUAUCAUCUCUGAAUAUAAAUCAGCAGUCCAAAGUCAGAGAAGGAGAAGGCCACGUUAUAGAAAACGUCUAAGAAGCAGCAGCAGCUCAUUAUCUAGUAGCAGAGCAUCUAGUCCAAAAGGGAAACAGAAACAAAUGAAGUUACAGCCUAAAAUUGAACAGAAUACCUCAGUGUCUUAUGCCAGGACCGGUUCUCCUUUCUCAUCUCCUGUUUCAGAUGCUGCUGAAGGGCUUUCACUUUAUCUACUUGAUGAUGAGCAAGAUGGACCAUUUUCUUCAUCAAGCUUCAGUGGACAAAGUCGAAGUGGAAAUAGCCAUGACCCAGGGAAAAACAAAUCAUUUCGGAACAGAGUUUUACCAGUUAAACAAGAUCACUCCCUUGAUGGACCUCUUACAAAUGGUGAUGGCAGAGAGCCCCGGACUGGAAUCAAGAGAAAACUACUUAGUGCAUCAGAAGAAGAUGAAAGCAUGGGAAGAGAAGAAAAAGAGCAAAAAGAAACAACAGAGAAAUCACACUUAUCCUCCUCAGAGAGUGGAGAGUUAGCAUCUAGUUUAAGUUCUGAAAGUACUUGUGAUUCUGAUUCUGACUCUGAAUCAACUUCCAGAACAGAUCAAGAUUAUGUAGAUGGAGACCAUGACUAUAGCAAAUUUGUACAAACUAGGCCUAAAAGAAAACUCAGAAAACAACAUACCAAUGGAAAAAGAAACUGGAAGAUGAGAGGCACAGGAGGAAGGGGUAGAUGGGGCAGAUGGGGUAGAUGGAGUAGAGGAGGAAGGGGAAGAGGUGGUAGGGGCCGAGGGGGUCGAGGAAGAGGUGGAGGUGGCACUAGGGGAAGAGGGCGAGGAAGAGGAGGAAGAGGUACCUCUAGAGGAGCCACUAGAACCAAACGUGCACGUAUUGCAGAUGAUGAAUUUGAUACCAUGUUUUCGGGACGUUUCAGUAGACUGCCUCGAAUUAAAACAAGAAACCAAGGCAGGAGAACUGUUUUAUAUAAUGAUGAUUCUGAUAAUGACAAUUUUGUGUCCACUGAAGAUCCUCUGAAUCUUGGUACAUCAAGAUCAGGCAGAGUGCGUAAGAUGACAGAAAAAGCCAGGGUUAGCCAUCUCAUGGGAUGGAAUUAUUAACAGUCAGUAAACAUAAAAUAAUUUAAAAAUAUAUCAAUGGCCUUCUACUGCAGGGAAUUUACCAGGAAAUCUACAAAGCAAGUUGUGUGGGGACUUCUAUUUCCUUUCACAUUUGGUGCUUUUCCAUUAUGCCAGUAUACAUUUAUUUCAAGACUUUUUAGACCUCCACACUUCAUUUGUUCAAACAAGCCUUACUCAUUAGGCCUUAAAUUUUUCAAAAUUUUGCCCACACAGACACACUACAGAUUUACUACAUUAAAGGAGCUUCUUAAGAGUAGCAUGACAUUUUUAGCUCAAUGGAAUAUCCCUCUUUUGCUUUUGUAUCAUAGAAGUAUAGCACCUUCUUAAUAGAGUUUUAUGCAUUGGUCUGUCGGAAAAGUUAUGAUGCAUUAUUGCAUAGACAAAAAUAGAAAAAUAUGACAUGACUUUUCCAACAACCCAAUAAUUUGUUUUUGCCAUUUUGAUUCUUGUACCCAGUAAUAAUAACUUUUGCACAAUACACCAAUCCUAAAGGCAGCUAUUAAAUGUUUACAGUUUCUAUAUUGUAAGAACGAUCUGGAUUAUUUUACUCUUCCCAGGCCAAACAUUCAUGAAUCGUACUGAAGUAUAUAUUUAUACUACAGUUUUGUUUUGUUUUGUUUUGAGGGGUGGGGGGUUAUUGAUAAGCUUUUCAUUGAUUUGCUAAAUUCAUGUUAAAAGUGAGAAAGGGUUGGUGCCUUGUAAAUAUGUAGCAAAUAUUUGUGGUGUGUCCUGAUGUGUGCAUUUACUUUAUUAAAAAUAAUACUUGAGGUAUCAGUCUAGACAAGGUGCCAAAUGCGAAAGUUUCUUGCGUCCAUUUUUUCUUAUUAUAUUUUAUUGCAUUUAACUGAACUUGUGUAGCUUAGAAGAUAAUAAAUAUUUGAAAAAUCCUCAUUCACAAGAAAUAACUUCUAAAUAGUAGCUCAGCUACCUCUGUUAACUAUAACUACUGGAAAUAUUAAGGAAAAUAGAUAAAGUUAUUCAUUACUAAGGAGAAAAAAUUUAAAAUCUCGGUAAAAAUGAAUACCCAUAAAUUAUAAGCUCAGAGGUUGUUAAUAAAUAUAUUGACUCUCAAAUUAAUAGUUGUACUUAACAUACCUUCAUAAGUACAUAUACUCUACCUGUGACUUUUAUUAUAAGAUAUUUGUGUUUAAGUACAUUUGUACUACUGCUUAUAUCUCUGCCACCACUUACUAUUUAACAUACCGAUUAGUUUUUAUUUGAAUCUUAAAACGUAACAAAGCAUCUACUUUCUUUGAGUUGAAAUGUCUUGGCUAGCUUUUUUUUUUUUUAUAGCUCAUACCAUUCCAAAAGUUUCAUCUGUUAUAAUUUUUGUAAAGGACUGAUUGUUCUGCACUCUGAUAUUUUUAAAAUAUUAAUUUAAUGAAAAAAAUAAUCUUUAAAACCCUUAUGGUCUUGUUUACACCAGAAGGGUGUACAUGAUUCCAAAUGAGAUUUUGGUUCCCAGAUUAGUUUUACUCCUCAAAUCUUGAAAGACUGCAAAUUCUAAUUUCCCUGUCACUUAGAUUUUUUUUUUUUUUAGAGUAGAGGGAUAAUACUAAUAUCCCUGUCUCCCUCUCCUCUCUCUUUCCCCCUCACUUCCCCCCAUACUCUCUCACAUAUCUGUUGCACUUACAUAGGACUUGUGGGAUAACAGACUUAAACUAUGUUUACCAUCUCUAUAUUUUUCUUUAGCUAAUGUUUUCAGUCUUAUGCAUCUGAAAACCCAUAAGUGCAUAGAACAAAGAAUACAAGUAAGUUGCUUCUUAUAAUUGGGUCAAGUAGGAGUUAUUCUAGAACUAACAUCUUUAAAGUGUUUAUAUGUAGUAAAAAUGAUGUUCAUGCUUUGAAAAAGUAUUGUGAAUAGUUAAUGGCACUAACUUCUAUUACUAGGCAGUAGACAAGUUUAUUUUUGUUUGUUUGUUUUUGUUUCCCAUGAAACCUAAACUACUUCUGGUUAUUUCUCAAUUAUCAUUUUCAACCAUGGCAUAGAUUUUGGAACAUCUAUAUUUGAAUUUAUUUUUUUUCUCAAAUGUUCUAUAUCAUUUCUCAUCUUUUGGAUAUUUAGACUAAAUGUGCCUAUGUUCCCCUAAAAUCAAUAACACUUUGACCUACCCUUAUCAAAGUGACAUAGUUAACAUAAGUUCAUGAAUACACACAGCAAAAGUGUAUCACCUAUAUCUUAUUAGUGUGAAUUUUUUGUUGACAUUCUUCUGUGAAGAGCUGACUCCCCCCCCCCCCCCGCCCUUUUUUUUAAAAUCAGAGCACUGAUCAGCUCUGGCUUAAGGUAGUGGGAGGGGUUGAAUCUGCAACUUUGAAGUCUCAGACAUGAGAGUCUCUUUCAAUAACCUUUAUGCUAUCUACUCCCCAGAGCUGACCUUUUAAAAAUGUAGAAAAAUGUGUUUUUUUUUUGUUUUAGUUGUCUUGAGCUUUAUAAUUUAUUUUGAAAAAUAAAAAUGCCACAUGUAUUGCCCAAAUGUCAAGACUUUCUGAGUUUGGAUAAUUAUAUUAAUAAGGCUGCAGACAUUUUAAAUGUAGUUAAAUGCUGUGAAAAUACCAGUAAAUAUCAUUUUAAUCUAAUGUCUAUUUCAGUCAUUAGAAUUAGAAGAGUUAGUCACCAAGAUAUGUUAGAUGAACAUAAUUAUGAUAAAUUACAAAACAGUUCAUUUACUAGUUGAGUAAAAAUGAAUUUAAUUUCUUUAAAAAGUAAAAAUGUGAACAAUAUAACUUUUUACUUUUAUAUCUAAACUCCUCCCCACAAAUUAGUCAUUGCUUUUUUUUUUUUUUUUUUUGUGACGCUGUCUGUUGCAAGUGUGUUAACAUUUGUACCACAUGGAAUAAAAGGGCACUUGCAUUUCUUAGAGGUGCUUUAAACCAAAAUGACAUGAGUUCAGCCAUAGCAAAGCAAGUUGUAAGUGAGCUAAGAUUUUUGAAGAAAAGUCUAAAUUAUUAAUUGAUAAAAAAAUAAAACACUGUUAUGUCUAUGAGAGUGCACAUGUAAAAGAGACUAAUUUUAUGGUAGAUAUCAAGUCAUUGAGUGUAAUAUUUCUCAUGAAUGCUAACAAUGAUUUAAUUCCCAACUAAAGAUAUUAAUAUGUAUAUGUUUAUGAAAAAUAAUUGUGUGUUUCUUUUAUGACUUAUUUGUGUUUAUCUCUUCAAAGCAAUAGGAUGCUCUGCAAAAUAGUCACUAGCCUAGUGACUAAAUUUGUGUGUGCGCAUACAGGUGUGUAUGUGUAUAUUUUUCCCAAGUUGACACACUUUAUCUCAAACAUUUAACAAAUGAAGUUUUGUAUGGAAGACAGCUGUGUUUCACUAACAGUUCUUUGCUUCUACUGUAAAGUACUAAGCAUGUAUCAUCUAUUUAAUUUUGUCUUACACCUAUAUCCCUUAUUUUUAUAAUUCAACCUAACAGUUUUUCUGUUUAUUGUCCCAGUGAUCAGUUUUGUGCUAGAAUUCUUCCAGCAACACAUUCUCUCUCCCAAAAGCUAAGAAACUGAGUAAAAUCCAUAAAUCUUAUCCUGUACAACCAUGUGUUUAGGUAUUUAACUCAGCGUUAGAAUGAUCUGAAAUAAAUUUAAGUGGUUUAUCUUUUUGGUGUAUUCCUAUAGAUUGUCAUUUUACAGUAACAAUGAUUUAAAAAGAAAGAUAUGAAUGCCUCAUAAUUUUUGAUAAAAAUUUUUGAAUAGUUCAAAUUUUGUAUGUUGAUGGACUGAUAGCUUAUUACAUAAUUUGGGAAUGAUUUUAUGCACAUUUACCAACUGGUACUUAUUUUUAAAGUUAGAAUUUUCAUAUCCACAAAACACAUCCUAUAUAAUUUCUGUGAUACUUCUAUGUCCAGCCAUUUAAAUAAUUACCAACAUUUUGAAUUCCAGAAUAAAUAAUUUACCUAUGGGGAAAGGGAUAGAACUUGUGACAUUAAAAUUCAUUUUCUUAAAAUGGUAGCCACCCCCCCAUUUCCAUAAUUUUUUGUGUUACACAAAACUAAGAUAUUUUUAUUAAAAAUAAAGCAAUCUAAGAUAAUUUUAAGGCUUGUUUCUAAGAUGUGAAAAUAUUUCCAUGCUUUUUUAUUUUUACUUCUUAGUAAAGUUUAAUUAUCAGCUUUGAUUAAAUGCUAAUAUAAAGUUGUUUUAUAGUGCUAUAUUUCAUAGACCAUGAAUUGCCUUCAAGAUUCUUGUUGUUCAAAUCUUAUGUUGCUGUAUCCUUGACUAUGUUCCUUUCUACUACUCCUCUCCUGUCUACAUUUAUCCCCACUUCAUUUUCUGAAUGAAUACUAUACCUAAUUUAACAUACUUCAACAAGACUGGCAAUUCAUGAUUCAAUGAUGAUAGAAGUACAAUAGAAAGGCCCUGCAGUUUAGAAUUAAGAUGUAUUUGUUUAUUUAUACAUAUACCCAUUUUAUACUUAAUUAAAUCUAAAAUAUGAGACUUUGACAUUUAAAAGCAUGAUAAGUAUUUUCUAAAACAUAAAAACUAUUGAUACAUAUUAAAAUUGCCAUUGGACUUUUAAAAUCACCUAAAAAAUAAUUAGAAACCCAGUUGGGAAAUGUGUUUUUACAUAUGUCACCAGCUACAUCUUAGGCAGUACUAUAAAUGUUAAUUUUUUAAAACGAUACUGUGGUGAUGGCAAUCAGUAAUUUAUUUCUUUGUCCUGUAAGUUAUCAUUGUCUUUUGUAACCCUUUACACAGUAUUAACAAAAUUGUACUUUAUGUUUAUUAUUAGUAUCCAUAACUUUUAAGAUGGAAAAUCAUUCAGUUAAAAUUUGAUGUAAUACUGUAUGUGGGCAAAAUGUCCAUUAAAUUAAGAUUCAGUAAAGAAAGGUAAGCAAACUGACUUGAUUUAUAAAAUUUUUUUGUUUAGCAGUUGUCAGUCAUUAUAGGCAAUUAUCUUCAAAGACAAAUAAAUGAACUAAUUUGUUACCAUUCUUUAUGGGAUGUUUACAAUAAAAUUCCAGGUUGUAUGGAA